AUGAAAGGCGUGGAUAGUUUGACGGAGGGCUUGACCGUCUUGGCGGAGAGCACCACCACAGGCCUUUCUUCAGUGGACGACCCCUUGAUCAAGGCGGAUUGCUGCAAGAUGAAGGAGGCCAUGAACGCCAUCACACGCGCCGAUGCCCCACACAGUGCCAUUGCAAAGCUGCGGAGGGAUAUGGACUUUAAUAUCAUGAACCCGUUGCGGUGCCACAUCGUGAACAACCGCAAUAUGAAGAACUAUUUAGAUAAACGACGCCGGAGACUCCUCGAGUUCAACAUCGCCAAGCGAGAAAUGGAGGACUGCGUCAAAAAGAAUCUUCAUCCCACCGACCGCAAAUAUUUAGCGGCGCAGUCUCAGUUGGAAUCUGCCAAGUUGUCCUUCCACGAGGUGGACAAGCACAUCUUCGAGUGGCUCUACAUCCUCGAGGAGACUUCAACACAUGAGUAUAAAGGUGAUAUUCUGGACAGUUGUCUUCAGACCUUGAAGUAUCUCCAGUAUGAAUUCUUCGCCACCUCAGCUCACUCCAUCAGUGGCGUGCUUCCGGCACGGAUGGAGUUUCGGCCCAUGGUGGAGAUGACGCCCGACCACUUGGAAGCGCAGGUGGAGAUGGCUUUGCAAGAGGAGGAAGAGAAUCCAGACGAGGUCGUCACGGACUUCUCUGCUCGUCUCAUCGAAAAGUUGGCCAAGGACAACAAGAAUAAACCGGGAGAAGGCUUGGAUUCCGCCGCCAGCGAGGGGCCUGCGGUGCCGGUAGAUCCCUUGUCCUUGUCCUCGUUGCUGUCACAGGGCUUUGAAGAGGGGCCGGCAAGACAAGCCUUGAGAAAGUUCAAGAACAACACUCAGGCGGCCUUGGACUUCCUCAUUGGAGGUGGACAGGCUGAGGAGCAGGAAGAGGAACCAGUCCGCAUGCCAACGACGGUGCCCCGUGUGCAGAGGCUGAAGGAACGACGGAGAGCACAGCAGGCGCGGCGCAAGGAGGAGGAGGAACGCCGGCGGCGAGACGCGGAAAGCCCCGAACGAACGGCGAAGAGCUCGCCUCGGGAGGCUGAGUCGAGGUCGCCUUUGCGAGGCGAGAUGAACGCGGCGCGUCCAUCGUCCGCUGCUGUGGAUUUGCUGGACUUCCAGGAGGAGACGAAGGCCUCUCCAGCCUCUCCACCCGACACCGGAGCACCACGCCCAGCGGGGGACCUCUUGGACCUCGCACCCGGAAGUGGCGAUUUGCUGGACCUGGAGCCGCCGGCGCCGACGGACUUUUCCAAGCAGAUCGACUCCUGGUUUUGGUUUGCCGUUGACUGGCGGGCAGAACAGUGGGUGAAGUCGAAGGAGACCUUACCUUUGCCGGAGCAGAUUACUUUAGACCUCUCCAAGUGUGAGAAGGGGCCAAUUGGCCCUGGGGCCAGUGGGGGUUAUGCUUGA